AGCAACGAAGUCGCGUAAUAUAAGACGCGCGCAAAGCGGUUUUUGCUGGAUUCUCUGUAACGGCGUUUUCGUGGAUUCUCUAUCAGUUUCAGAAGAGAGAGAGCGGUUUUACGAGCUCUGAAGGUGGUUUUGUAACGCUUUAGUGGUUUUCAGUUACGGUUUUUGGAUCUGGCGAUCGUUACAGAUUGAGUGUGUGUGUGAAGUGUGUGUUCAGGAAUCGAAAAAGUCUUAAGAGAGUUUGUUAUAAAAAUUCAUAUUAACUGCUCGUUAUUAAUUGAUUGUUAAUCAUAAUUAUCGAGUUUUAAUCACUCUAGUGAUUGUACGUAUAUAGGGAGCUAAAUUAGGUUGACAGAGAGUGUUUUUAUUUGACUUUCACGUUUGUUUCAACGAUGGCGAAUCGGGUCGGGUCGUUUUCGGAGCCGAGUAGUAAUAGUUCAGUUGGUUUGUACACCGAGCUAUGGAAGGCUUGUGCUGGGCCUUUAGUGGACGUGCCGAAGACUGGAGAGAGGGUCUAUUAUUUUCCACAAGGACACAUGGAACAAUUAGAGGCUUCGACAAAUCAGGAACCAAAUCAGCGAAUUCCGGUGUUCGCUCUUCCAUCGAAGAUUCUAUGUCGUGUUAUUAACAUUAAUCUACUGGCUGAGCAAGAAACAGAUGAGGUUUAUGCACAAAUUACUCUGCUGCCAGAAUCAAAACAAGAAGAACCGAUAACUCCUGAUCCAUGCCCUUCUGAAACUCCAAGGCCAACAGUUCACUCAUUCUGCAAGGUUUUAACUGCCUCUGAUACAAGCACCCAUGGUGGGUUUUCUGUUCUUCGGAAACAUGCUACUGAGUGUCUUCCUCCGCUGGACAUGAAUCAGCAAACCCCAACUCAGGAGUUGGUGGCCAAAGAUCUUCAUGGGUUUGAAUGGCGAUUUAAGCAUAUUUUCAGAGGUCAACCCAGGAGACAUUUGCUGACAACAGGAUGGAGUACAUUUGUUACUUCCAAGCGAUUAGUUGCUGGGGAUACCUUCGUAUUCUUGAGGGGGGAGAAUGGGGAACUAUGUGUUGGAGUAAGGCGUCUUGCUCAUCAACAGAGCAGCAUGCCAUCAUCUGUGAUUUCAAGCCAGAGCAUGCACUUAGGUGUGCUUGCUACUGCAUCUCAUGCUGUUGCAACCCGGACCCUCUUUGUUGUGUAUUAUAAGCCAAGGACCAGCCAAUUCAUCAUCAGCUUGAACAAGUACUUAGAGGCUGUUAACAAUAAAUUUGCCGUCGGCAUGAGAUUUAAGAUGAGGUUUGAGGGGGAGGAUUCUCCUGAGAGAAGGUUUUCGGGCACAAUUGUUGGAGUUGAAGACUUUUGUUCUCAAUGGAAAGAUUCAAAAUGGCGAUCACUGAAAGUUCAAUGGGAUGAGCCUGCAUCUAUUACAAGACCUGAUAGGGUUUCACCAUGGGACAUAGAACCCUUUGUGGCUUCAGUACCUUCUAAUCCUGCUCCACCAGUUUCAAUGAAGAACAAAAGGCCUCGACCACCUAUUGAAAUUCCAUCUCUUGAUUUGACUUCAACCGCAUCAGCUCCUUGGAAUUCUAGUCUGACGCAGUCCCAUGAUGUAACACAACUGAGUGUUACUGAAGGAAAAAGAAGUGAUAAUCAUGUCUCAUGGCAUAGUAAACAGACUGAUUUUAACAGUAAUAGCAACUCUUUGUCAAGAACUCAGACUGAUGGAGAGUGGCUAGCUUCCCCACAUGUCAGUUUUUCUCAACAGUUGUUUCCAGAUGCUGUGGAUGAUAAUAAAAAUGUUUCUGCUUGGCGUCCUAUCCAUGGCUAUUCAACUUCACACUCAUCAAAGGUCAACAAUGACUCAAUGCCUGACCUAGUUGAAAUAGGGAGGAAAACUGAGAUGGGUGCUAGCUGCCGAUUAUUUGGCAUCGAUCUCAUAAAUCAUUCUACGAGCUCUACUACAAUGGAAAAAGCAGCUGCUUCUAGUGUCACCACAGAAAGACACAAUCUCUGUACCCUGUCAGCAGGUGAUUCAGAUCAAAAAUCUGAUCUUUCAAAGACUUUUAGAGAAAAGAAACCUGAACAGGUACAGGUUUCACCAAAAGAGAUUCAGAGCAGGCAAAGUAGUUCUACAUCUACCAGAAGUCGCACCAAGGUUCAAAUGCAGGGGGUUGCUGUUGGUCGGGCGGUGGACUUGACCAUGUUGGAAGGGUAUGAUCAGCUUAUAGACGAGCUUGAGGAGAUGUUUGACAUAAAGGGACAGCUUCGCACUAGGAACAAGUGGGAAAUUGUUUAUACUGAUGAUGAAGGGGAUAUGAUGCUCGUGGGGGAUGAUCCGUGGGUUGAAUUCUGUAACAUGGUGAGAAGAAUUUUCAUAUGUUCAAGCCAAGAAGUAAAGAAAAUGAGUUCAGGAAGCAAACUUCCUAUGUCUUCCAUUGAAGGUGAAGGGAUUUUGCUAAGCUCAGAUUCAGCUGAAAACUGAAAGACAGAACCUUUCUUUUCUCCCCUUCUGUUUCUCCUUUUUGUCAAGUCAGUUUUUGUUGUUGUUGUUGUCAUCGUCUGUUGUUGGAAGUAAGGUUCGGUUUAUUUUCGGGCUCAAAGGUGGCUAAUUGAUAGCUCGUUUUUUGAAGCUAACUAUCAAAGGAAGACUGAAAGAAAAAUUGACUGGGUUUGCAGGACCAACAGGUCAUAAUGCUGUAGUGGGAGUUAGAUGAAACCGUAGGAGAUUAGCUUAUGUGAAUAUGUUGGGUGGGAAAGGAUAAAGGUCUCUGUUUAUUGUGGUUGUAAAUGUAAAUGUGCUUUGGCAUUUAAAAUCUUGGUAUUUAGUGAACUGAAA